AUGGCGUUGCCCGUUUUUAACGGGAAAAAGAAGACUGUGAACGGCAGAGUGGUUGCCGUCUCUUACACAACAGCGCUUGGAGGAAAGAAGUUCCACGAACGCCAACAGAUGGCGUUGCCCGUUUUUAGCGGGAAAAAGAAGACUGUGAACGGCAGAGUGGUUGCCGUCUCGUACACAGCAGCGCUUGAAGGAAAGAAGUACCUCCAAUGCCAACAGAUGGCGUUACUUGUUAUA